AUGGGCUUCUGCGAGCAGUACAUCACCGCUUCGAGUCUCGCGAUCCUGAUAGCGGAGUACUUCCAGACACUCGAGCUCGAGAUCAGAUACAUCUGGCCCGGCCCAACCAACGUAGUCAAAGCCAUCUUCUACAUCAAUCGCUAUGCUAUUUUCUUCACGAUUGGGGUGUCCAUGUACUUUAAGAAUGUUGCGGACCCGAGUAGAUGCCAUGCUGUGUUUAUCACUGCCUGUGGUGAGUGCAAGAAGGUCACAUGGCCUUCUUUACCAGUGGGCUAUUCUGAAGAGGAUGGGACUGAUACGAGGCGGAACCCAGUGCUUAUGAUGAUCUCGGUUGGAACCUCGCAAGCUCUUCUAUUCAUCAGAGUAUGGGCGCUGGCGGACAGAAACAAGAAGAUGAUGAUAUUCUUGAUGGCGUAUAUGAUGGUUAACACGAACUGUGGUCUUAUCUGCUACAUUUUCUUCUUUCGGUCCAUGGAGUACGCGCUCUCCCCCAUACCCUCGAUAAUUGGGUGCAUAGCAUUGAGGGCAGAGUACAAGUUCAUGACUGCUUGCUUUGCAUUGAUUCUCAGUGAACAGAUAGUCGUGAUGGCCGUAUGCCUCUACCUAGGAAUCAAGCGGCACUGGGGAGCGAAGAGCCCACUGAUAAGAACCUUCUUCGUCGAUGGAGGGAUAUACUUUGUUGCUGUGGCUGCACUGGCACUUGCGAAUAUGAUAGUAUUAACCCGCACUCCCAACGGCGGUCAGCUCAUCCUCGGAUCUCUCCAGGGCACCCUCGACAGUACUCUAACAACUCGGAUGUUCCUCAACCUCCGUCGCCUGGCAGCCAAGGACCCCGAUGUUGGUGUCUCCGCACUCGCGACAAGAGAGAUCGAACUCGUCCAGUUCAGGAAAACGAUUGCACAAACAGAGACUACCGCCACUAUUACCUUGUACUCCACGCGGGACGAUGUGUAA